GCAAACUCGGAGCUUUCGCGUGUCGAAUAAAUUUCUCGAACUCCAGGGUACGGUUUACGUGUUUUGAUUUGGAAUGCUGGUCUCCGCACUCGUUUAUUAGAUAUUAAUGGAGAAAAUGAAUAGUUUGGGUUUACCUGAAGAUUGUGCAAAACAGUGGGAAAUUUUGUUGUUGUUAUUGUCCGCGGAGGAAAAGAAAAUCGAUCGUACGAGUGAAGAUGAAAUCGACACUAUGAAUUAUUUUUACAAUAACGAAGGAGUUCGAAAAAUCCUACUUCAAUGGCUGCAACAAAUGCAAAAGACAUAUUGUAAGAAAACCAGUGAAUUAGACACUGCUCUGAAAUGUGAUGACAUUUCUUUAUUGUGGAGGCAAAAGGGAAAUGAAAAGUUUAGGAAUAACCUUGUUGAAGACAGUUAUAAAUGCUAUACAAAUAGUGUAUUGUAUGCUAAACAUAACGGCCUUAUGUAUACACUUGCUCUAGCAAAUAGAUCAGCUGCAUUGCUACGGAUGAAGAGAUUUGAGGAGUGCUUGUCGGAUAUUGACUUGGCCAUUGAGCAUGGUUACCCAAUAGAGCAGCGUCACAAAUUACUUCUACGACGUUCUGAUUGCUAUGUUGAAUUACAUCAACGAACAAAGGCCAGCUUGUCACUUGAUGCAGCCAUCCAACAUGCAAAUUCCCUUGAACUUUCUGCUACAAAUUCUUUGGAAUUUGAACGACACAUUAAAAUACUGGAAAAAAAGCUGGAAUUAGUGGAGGAAAAUGGAUGCGUGAAUAAAUCAGUUGUUCUUCCUGACUGGUAUUUAGGCAUGAAUCCCAACUUCAGUGCCGCAUCCAAAGCCAUCGAACUAAGACGCAACGACUCAGCCGGCAGACACGUGGUGGUGACAGAGAGUACUCACCGCGGCGAUGUUCUGUUCUCGGAAGAGCCAUACGCAUGGGUCGCCCUGCCCUCCGAGGACACAGUAUGCGAGAUGUGCUGCCAAGGCGACAUCAAUCCAGUGCCUUGCAGCUCGUGUUCACGCAGCGUGUACUGCGGGGAGGAGUGUCGCGAGCGAGCCGCUUGCUCCUUCCACCGUUGGGAAUGCACAGCGGCGCAAUUCUCCCUGUUCCCCACCAUAGGCAUCGCGCAUUUAGCUUUAAGGGUUUUACUCGUAAGUACCCAAAACGGCUUUCCGGCGCCGCCGCGAUACGUCCCCAAGUCUACGACAGCGACGGAACUGUUCCGGAGCUACUCGCAAGUUGACAAUAUAGAAAUAUACAAACAAGACUCACCCUCAUUCUACAGGAUGUUCAAUCUGGUCACUAAUUUCGAUAAAAUGAACAGCACGGACUAUGUACAAUAUGCUUUGACGGCGACAAUGCUGACACUAUAUUUAGAGAACUUCACGUCGUUCUUCGAGUUUCUGUCGAGUAAAAUGCCGCGGAAGCUUCCUUUGGAGGAGUUGCGGCUGUUUGCCGCUGCCAACCUUCUGCGCAGUCUGGGGCAGCUUGUGUGCAACGGCCACGCGACUCUAAGCCUCGCGACGGUAGAUGACGACGACUGUGGAAACGGUCGCACGGUUAGCGAAAGAGAGGUCCGUCGCGCGACCGCCAUCUACCCAUCCGCUGCAAUGAUGAAUCAUUCCUGUGACCCGAACAUCAUUAACACGUUUUACAAUAGCCGGCUGAUUAUUCGCUGUGCGCGCGAGCUGUCGGCAGGCUCCGAGGUGCUGAACUGCUACGGGCCGCACAGAGCUCGCGAGCCGACGGCCCAGCGGCGCGCACAACUCCGCGCGCAGUACAUGUUUGCGUGCGACUGCAGUGCGUGCAGCGACGGCGACCGGAAGGACUUCGUGUUGCUAUUCAGCGCAUACGCGUGCCAAUCGUGCAAGGGCCCAGUGACUUGGCAGGGCCGCCGGCCGCGGUGCCAGCAGUGCCAGGCGGACUUCAAUCCGGAGCGAGCCCUCGUGCAAGUCGACUUCGCCGAUGAGCUGGCCACACAAGCGGAGCAAAUGACGAACCUUGAAGAGCGCUGCGAGAAAAUGCAGGCGUCAUAUCGACUGAAACAGCAGGUGUGGCACCGACAUCACUCAUCACUGCGCUUGGCGGCUGACAAACUAGCGCGCCUAUACGCGGAGCUUGGUGAAUUUGCUAAAAGUAUGGAGCUCAUCAAGCAAAACAUCCAGAGUUUAGAAUAUCAGUAUGGAUCCUUUAGCGUAGAGGUGGCUCAUGAACUAAGGAAAUUGUCUGAUGUUAUGUUAGAGAGAAUACUCAACGCGCCGCAGCAUGUGGAACACAGGGAAUGGUGCCUGGAAGCCCAUAAAAUAAUAAAGAAAGCUGUACAGUUGAUGGAACUGAAUUACGGUUCGUGGGAGCCUCUGGUGGCGCGGCUGAGGGAGCAACAGGAGUUCGUGGCAUCGCUUCUUGCCGAAAGCAGUACCCCGGAUGACGCGCACUGCAUCCACCACAACCUACAUUACAACCUUAAAAUAUAAUAUAACACCCGGUAGGCCUUCGUCGCCUAACUAGACAGCUCAACACACUAAAUGGUGCCAGCAGCAUCAGUAGUUUCAGUAUGCCCGUUGCUCGGCUCGUUUAGUUGUAAGCCGUACACAAUGGUUGAAUUUGUUUUAACUGCGAGCGCGGCUGUGAUCAUGUAAUAUUUUUAUUUAUCACCGCGAUGUUUAAGUGGUUAUCUAUGUAUCGGUAUAAGUUAUGAUUUCUGGAGGCGUAACGGUUGCAAAUAGGUAUUUUACAGACAACAAAUUUCCUUCGUUGUCAAAUCAUUUCCAGCAGAUAAUGUAGCAGUUGUUCUUUUUUACUUCCUAUGGUUUAAUUAUGACUAUUGGCUAGUCAUUCGUCGACGGUAUAGUGCGUAGUGGCCCAUUUCCUUUAGUUCAAUAUUCGGCAUCAUAAAUAAAACAUUUUCAAUCUCCAAAUAACUUCUCAUUAAAGUACGUUCUUUGAAGAGUUCAAACAAAAAUUGGGACCCCAACAAAACAUAACUAUAAGUAGUCAGAUUUAUAAUUAUCGGACUAAGUAAAAGCAUAAUAUUAAUGUCAAUAUUUUUCUAUAUUUCUAUAAGGGGAGAGAGUUAGUAAGGGAUUCAAAUGAGUAAUUUUUUUUUUGUCAAAUAAUUUUGAAGGAUGAAGUGCGUACAUAUAGAAUGCUUCUCACCCACGAAACUAUUCAAUGAAUGUUCGUAAUAUUUAUUUUUAUUACUGAAUUGUAUACACUGGACAGAUUAAUUAGAUCACUGUUAUACGAAGAUAAAAAUGACACAGUGUGUUUUACAAGGUUAUUUGGAAAUAGGUUAUUAGGAAAACCUUUUUUUUAUUCAGCGAGAAUGCCUGACAAAUACUAGUUCUUUUGGGGGAAACGGAGUGGUUUUAUUGGGCUACCUCUUGAAACUCUGUGUGUAUGUACAUAAGUGGGAGUGUAGGAAGUACGUAUUCACCGUGCGAAGUAUUUAUUUAUUUGCAAACUAUAUAUAUUCGAUUUAGUAAUUAAAAAUAUAAAUAUAUAUAUAUAUCACUUUCAUAAAAUAUUUUCAACCUUAACCAUAAUCUAAUUCACAGAAUAAGUGUAUUAAUCUCCCUUAUUAAAGCUUAAAUGUAAACACAGCUAAUUUUAUGGUUGUUACCGCGUAAAUUUAUAUGAAUACCUUGUACUGUACUUGCUUCUUCGCUAAUAGUAUUGAUCCCUGGAAAAAGUUAUGAAACAAAAGCCUUUCAAUUUAAUGCCUACUGUAAAAGCCCAUCGGCACAGGAGAUACCCAAUUUUAAAGUAGCCUUUUAUAUCGAUACAAUUCGGUACUAUCUGAAUUCCUACAAAAUGUAUAUAUAUAAUUCUAAUUAAGUAGCUUAGCUUGUAUAUUAAGUUAAAAUGUUGCGAGCAAAGAGAUGUGUUUAUCACGAGAUAAAAUAGGUGUUAACCUACAUCAUAAUUAAGGUGGUUCACUUAUUUGCUAACUAUAAAAAAAAUCAUAGCAAUAAUAAUGUGUGUUAAAAAAACAUACUGUGUUAAACUAAAUGAAACAACGAAUUGUGUUAAUAUUAACGAAUAAUAUAAGUAUCUUGACCGAUGUAAGCGCCUCAGUUCGGUGAUUACAGGGAGAAAUUCCGAUUGUGCGCUAUGAAGCAACAGAGACUUAAUGAUUGGUAUUAUUUAGAAGACUAUACUUUUUAUCAGUUAAAAAUUAUUGUUAGCAAAUAUAUUACAUUACAGAAUCUAAUUUUUAAUUUAAAUAUAGAUUGUGUAGCAACGUAAUAUGUGUUUUGUUACAAAUGGAAUCGUUGUUUCGAACUGUAGCUGAUAAUCACCAAAAGGCCUAGCAAAAGUUUCACCGGGAGUUGGGGGCGAGUGGUCAACCUAAAGGGUCCAACGAGGCUCUGACACCUCGGCUUAGAUGUGCGAGAGUUCGAUUAAUUAUUACCAGGGGAGAAUGUCACUUUGAAAAUCAUCAUCAUCAAAUUAUUAACGGCCACUAAGGGCACGUGUCUCCAUUCAGUAGACUGUGCAGAAAUUGUAUUGGCAUGCAUUUCUUUAGAUGCAUUGUCGUUGGUUACAUGUGCAUAUUUGCUAUAUAGCUGCUAUUGGUGGUAUAAGCGUGCUUUCGCACAUUAUGCAUUUUGAAAACGAUUUAAGGCAUUCAAGAAUAGAUCUAUUAGUGGAUCUAUAGAUCUAGUUUUUUUUAGGAGGUAACGUUAUAUCACAUCAUCUGUAUUAUUUAUUAUUUAAACUCUUUAUUUUUACACCACUACACAGUUAGGAAAAUAAAGGACGAAUAGAGAGAACCACAAAAACUGGAGUACAAUACAAAAGGCGGCCUUAUCGCUUAAAAGCGAUCUGUAUAUAAUUCGAUUAGUCUUGAUCGGGUUAAAUCACAUUUGCGAGCGCUGAUUCGCAAUCAACUGUGUGUUUUGGUUGCACUUUACACGUCCUGAAUUAUAGUUGGACAUCGUAUGCUUCAAGCUUCUCAUCUUUCCUUUCGUUUGUAAUUUGAACUCGUAGUUGAAUAGUUGCAAUAAGCUAAGUUUCAACACUUGCUGGAUUUACCACACAAAGUGAGGACCUUUGUGUUUACCGCAAUUUUAUCCCUUUAGGGAUAGAUUUUCGAAAUAUAAAGAGACAACCCUGUGUAAUAUUCUACAUACAUACUACGUACAUAUAUAUAUGCGUUACAAUAAUUAGUAUAGAUGUUUCGGAGACUCAUAGAUAUAUUCGAUAAAUGACAAAAAAAAUAUGUGUUUUAUAACCUAAUUAAUAGUUAAUUCUAUGAUAUCCCUAAAAGUAUAAUAGUAAUUUAAAGUGAUAAAAUAUAUUUGUAUUAAGUAUGUUACACAUUUUAUUGUUAGUAAUAUUAAAGCAU